CACACCUCACCUCUCCGGCUCAGCAAACACACAACACACACACACACACACACACACCUCAUUAUCUCCCCUCGGAUAUGCGCGAGCUGCUCUCUUACCUGCACGAGCCGGAGCUGGUGGCCCGGUUCCAGAGGCGAUGCGGACUCUUUCUGGUCCGGGACCCGCAUCACGGUCCACAGAGGAAAAAAGAGCACGCGGACGAACCACGUGCACAGCGGAACGGAAGAUGGGACCACCAGGAUAAGAAUUCAAACUAUGAAAUCCAACAGAAUGGAUGUGCUGUUAAUUUCGAGGUGAGGAACCGGUUUCUGCACGUCCUCUUCCUGGUGUCUGCCGCUCUGGGUCAUGAAGUCUUCUACAUCACCUGCCUGCCCUUCAUCCACUGGAGCCUCGACCCCUUCCUGUGCCGACGCCUCGUCAACAUGUGGACCGUGGUGAUGUACGUCGGCCAGGUGAUGAAGGACGUCCUGAAGCUUCCUCGCCCCCCCUCCCCCCCAGUGGUGAAGCUGGAGCCCCGGGUCGAUGCUGAGUACGGCCUCCCCUCCACACACGCCAUGGCCGCCACCGCCAUCUCCUUCACCGUCUUACUGAGCGCCCCCUCCAGGAUACAGUUCCAGUUUGAGUGGGGUCUUUUGAUCGCUGUGACGCUGUCGUCUUUGGUGUGUCUGAGCCGCCUCUACACGGGCAUGCACUCAGUUCUGGACGUGCUCUGUGGCGUCUUAAUCUCCGCCCUCAUCUUGUCCUCCACCUACCCGUACUGGGAGUCCAUCGAUCGGUUCCAGCUCUCCAGCAGCUUCUCCCCCCUGCUGGGCGUGUUUCUCCCCCUCCUCCUCAGCUACUCUUACCCCCAGUUGGACCACUACAGCACCACCAGGGCGGACACCACCACCAUACUGGGGGCGUCAGGAGGCUGCUGGGUGGGCUACUGGCUGGACCAUCAGCUGGGGGGACCGCUUCACCCUCUGGGGGAGAAGAUGCCUGCACGUCUCCCCCCUCUGACGUUAAACUCUGUGUUUCGUGGAGGCGCUCGCUCUCUACUGGGAAUCGUAGCUUUACUGGGAACUCGCCAGCUGGUGAAGACCCUCAGUCUGAAGGUGCUGUUCUCCUGCUACAGCGUGGAGAAAAGUGACCCCAAUGCGAGGAGGAGGAGAGAGAUCGAAGUGCCGUAUAAGUUUGUCACGUACAUGGCUGUGGGGCUCGUUAACUCGAUAUUAGUCAACAGAGGGUUCGUUCUACUGGGGCUACUAUGACGUGUCACACUGAACAAACUGAACCGUUGACUUUCUUUUUAAAGCACUUAAUGGUCUGAUUUGCAUAAAUGGACUGCGUUUAUAUAGCGAUUUGUCCAGAGCUUUUAGAUACUGUAUACAAGUCAGAAUCCACCCGUUCACACAGAGGCAGAAGCUUCCACACAAGGGGCAACCUGCUCAAGGGAAGCUAACGCUCACAACGUCAUGCCAUCGGGAGAAAUUUGGGGUUAAAUAGUUAGCGUAAGGAUACUUCCACAUGUUGAUCCCACAAAACAACACUACCUCUCAGCUAAUGUAGCCAAAUGUGGACUACUACAGUGGACCAGUGAUAAGGGCCCGUCUCUUAAAGGCCGGCACAAAAUAUAUAUGUGAGUCUGUUUCCUUGAAAUAUUUAACACAGCCAAAUCUGACCAUAUCUAUAAAAGCUGAGAACCUUACUUGAAAGGUGCUAAAUAAAUAAAUAAAUGUGCCUUGCCUUGAACUUUUCUUAGCCCUGAUGUAUCAGCUGUUAUUGUAAGACGAACCUCCUCAAGUGGGUCUCUUGUAACCUCUUAAGCAUGUCUUAAAAAUCGUAGCUGUUUUUGUUUGUUUUCUUUUCUAUGUAUGUAUUUGUUGUGCCAUCACUGAGUUUGUAAAAAGAAAGA